CUCUAUAGCAAUGAAACAAUCUUUGGUUUUGUAUUUGUCUUGGACAUUAGGAUGGCAGAUAGUGUUUUGUGUAAUCCUGGUGUGCAGCAAAAGUGUUAGUGCCAUCCAGCCAAUGCUAUGAAUUUCUGAUUUUUUAUUUUUUUGCUAUACAGUGCUUAUGUAGAUUUUAUCUUAUGGUGUAAUAUUUAACAUUCACAUGUCAGUAGAAUAUAAUCAAAGAAAAUAAUUCAUUUUUUCUCAUAUUAACAAAAGGAACAAUCACCCUUUGCUGUUGUGCAUUUAUCUAUAAUAGCUAUAUGUUCACCUCAGAUUUUCCCUCAUGUAUAGCAAGUUAAUUUGUCUUCUGUAACUGAACAUGAAUUUGUGUGUUCUGUGCAUGUGUGGCUAGCUUAUGAAAGCAACUGUUCUAGAACAUACUUGAUUUUCUCUUUUGGAGAAUUUUUGGUGAAUAUGGAUUCUCAAUUCAGUGAAAGUUUUUAGUAAAAUCAAAACUGAAUUAAAUCAGAAUUUUGAGAUUGGAUACACAAAUAUUUUGACUAAACAUGACUUUACACAUGGGAAUAAUGUGCACUUGGGAUCUGAAGACAGGCCCAAACUUUGGUCACACAAUUCCCUCCCUUUUGAGUUUGGAGGGUAUGAAAGUAUUAGAAAAUCUGCUAAAAUAGCCCCAAAUCUUUGUGAAGGAGUUGAAUCAAUGGUGGCAUUCCCUCCGUCAGGUAGCAGACAUCCUUCUGUGUACACACUGAACACCUAGUGCGUGGCAAUUUUUUUUUUUUUAAUGAGCGAUGGAAGUAGGGCAUUUCCAGUAGUGCUUUUUAGUUCUCCUCCCCCUUUUUCCUUAGAAGGCAUGAUGGAACCUGACUACCUUAGAUGGUGACACCUUGAUGACAUAGGGGUGGAUGGUAGCAAAAGGAAAACAGGCUGGUCUCUAUACAAGCAAGGAUUGCAUACAGUCACUGAAAAUCAAUAGUGGUCUUAUGAAUUUGCAGCUACAUUUUUUUUAAAGGGUAGCUUUGUUACAAAAACCAUACUGGAGGGCUGAGGUUAAACCACUCUUAUAGUACCUUGACAAUCCCAUAGAAGUACAAUAUAGCUUCGUAUUAGAGAGACGAUUUUACUGUCUCUCUCAAACUUCCAAAUGUGAUUUUAAUGGUUAAAUACAAAUCGUGGACAAUUGGUUCUGUCAUAUCUGCUGACAGGCAGAUAUAGCAAGAGUAUGUGGUCCUCUAAUGGGCCAUCAUGAAUUAAAGGGAGUGCGGCUCUAUACAAAACUCCAAAGGGAAGUUCAUUCACUUACCAUGUAGACAGGUAUUGGAGGGGUAGCCGUGUUAGUCUGGAUCUGUAAAAGCAGCAUCCAACUAAGUGGGUAUUCACCCACAAAAGCUUAUGCUCCAAUACGUCUGUUAGUCUAUAAGGUGCCACAGAACUCUUUGCCGCUUUUACCAUGUAGAAACCCCUCUCCCUAAUAAAACUAACAAACAAACAAAAUGUUUGUACAGCUGGAAUGUAAUCUGAACAACUUUCAUUAGCAUUGUUUAAUACUGGCUAUUAAAAUGAUCCUCAAAUAAUCCUAUCUCAAUGGGAGGUGGAGGGGGGGGAACGGACUCUGCAAAACAAUCCUGGGUACAAGAAUUCAUAAGGGAUCCACUUCAGAGGAGACGUGUGGAACCAGUGUGUCACUUUACAGACAUAAAAAUAAGAUUGAGGUCCCUGCACAAAGGAGUCUUCAAUCUAAUUGCAACAUAAUACAGUGAGUGAAAACAUUAAACAUAUCGGUGAAAAGACAAAAUAAGGGGAAGAGUUUAAAACGCUCGAUGAAUGUUUUGUUUGGCUCAGUGAAGGUUACAGGCACUUAAGUUGUAAUGGUUUUGGGGGGAAUGUUGGGAUGGAGAGGCUGUUUACUUUGCCAAUGUGCGAUGGGUAUAUGGCAGUGCCUGUCUCUCUCUGAGUGGCAGAAUGCUAACUGAAAGUGGUGAGGGUUGAAGAGGGAAUUGAAGGAGAUUGAAGUCACUAGAGGCACAGGAGGAAGGAACAAAACUUCAGCCAGUUUUAUUUUAUAUAAUGCCAGCAAUAAGUAUUUUUUGUCAAUUUCAGACAGAGCUGGACAUAUGUUUGGAAAUGAAGAGGAUCCGGUGUUGCAAAUGCCAAGUUAAACACAAAACCCAAUGGAUAGUAAAAGCUACUGUAACUUCAUGGACACAUUGUCCGUCUACGACUCACAACAUGUACAACUGACUAGACCUUUCAGUGGGGACCCUUUUGUCACGUUUCAUGUGUACCCUGAGACACCGACCCAGUUCACUUGCUCUGAGGAUUUGCCACUACUUCCUUUUACAUCCGAGCAGUUGAUCACAGAGAACUUCUACAUGGAUCCUUGCAACUUUCCUUAUCAAGUGUCCCAGGCUAAUUAUGGCAGAGGUGACUAUUCUUACGGGCCAGCUUUCAUCAGAAAAAGGAAUGAAAGGGAAAGGCAGAGGGUUAAGUGUGUCAACGAAGGAUAUGCCAAACUCCGACGUCACCUGCCUGAGGAAUACUUAGAGAAACGGCUCAGCAAAGUAGAAACACUUCGAGCUGCAAUAAAAUACAUUCGCCAUCUACAAUCCGUUCUAUGCAGUGAUUCUGCAGUGACAGAGAAGAAUAACCUGGAACUGGGCCAUACUUCCAAGGCAAUUGCCAGAGAGAUCCAGUUUUGAGGACUAUCUGAACUGCUCUAGGGAAGAAAAAUAAUCACAGCUGAGGCUUAUAACAAUCACAUUAUUGGUGACACAAAUAUUUCUGUGAAACUGACACAUUUUAUGAACUGUACAAAGCACACAUCCCUACCAGUCUACUGGGGAAAGAGUUUAAAUUAUCCUACAGGGAAUUACAUUGAGAUGAGAAAUACUAAUCUACAAGAAAAUGAAAUGUAAAUUAUUUUAGUUAAUUCAUGGAAAUUAGAAAAAAAUCCAUUAACUUUGUUAGUUGAAAAGUGUAGUUGAAAGUACAACUAUAUUUCAUUUUUCAGAAAGGAGCAAAUGUAUAUGCCAUUUCAGUCUGCAUAUUUUAAAUAAAAUGUAACCUUCUCAUU